UUGGCUAAGGAAUUGAACGAGGUAGAUAUUUUUUCCAUCCCCUUUUGGUGGCUGCAAUCUCCUUUUCAUCUCUUUCACAGUGUUUCCUAGCCGUUCGCUCCUAAUCCUGCAGAGCAAUGCAGUGCAGCAUGUAUUCACACAAAAAUCGUCUUGAAGCCCAUUAAGAAUUCCAGCCACCUUUUGAAAACAGCCAGAUUGAAGAUGUCAUUACAAGAAUGCAAGAUGACAAAACAGGUGGUGUGCCCAUCCGAACAGUCAAGAGCUUUCUGUCAAAAAUCCCCAGUGUUGUCACAGGGACUGACAUAGUGCAGUGGCUCAUGAAGAAUCUCAACAUUGAAGACCCAGCUGAAGCAAUCCAUAUGGGAAGUCUCAUUGCAGCACAGGGAUACAUUUUCCCAAUCUCAGAUCAUGUACUUACUUUGAAGGAUGAUGGGACUUUCUAUCGCUUUCAGGCUCCAUAUUUUUGGCCUUCAAAUUGUUGGGAACCAGAAAACACAGACUAUGCUAUCUAUCUUUGCAAGAGGACCAUGCAGAACAAAGCGAGGCUGGAGCUGGCGGAUUAUGAAGCCGAGAACUUGGCAAGACUCCAGAGAGCUUUUGCAAGAAAGUGGGAAUUCAUCUUCAUGCAAGCUGAAGCUCAAGUGAAAAUUGACAGAAAAAAGGAUAAAACAGAAAGGAAAAUUUUGGAUAGUCAAGAAAGAGCCUUCUGGGAUGUCCAUAGGCCAGUGCCGGGCUGCGUGAACACAACAGAGAUGGACAUCAGAAAGUGUCGGCGUAUGAAAAAUCCACAGAGGGUCAAAAAGUCAGUAUAUGGAGUUACAGAAGACAGUCAGUCCCAAAGUCCUGUACAUAUGCCCUCCCAACCAGCUCGGAAAACAACAAAAGAUGAUGUCCGGAAGCAAAUAACAUUUCUGAACGUGCAGAUAGACAGACACUGUUUAAAAAUGUCUAAAGUAGCAGAAAGUUUAAUUACUUAUUCAGAUCAGUACAUUGACUAUGACCCUUUUAUAACUCCUGCUGAACCUUCUAAUCCCUGGAUAAAUGAUGACGCUGUAUUUUGGGACUUAGAAACAAGCAAGGAGCCUUCUCAGCACCGGGUCAAAAGAUGGGGCUUCUCUAUAGAUGAGGUGUUGAAAGAUCCCGUUGGGCGUGACCAGUUUCUUCGGUUUCUGGAAUCGGAAUUCAGUUCUGAAAACCUCAGGUUUUGGUUGGCUGUCCAAGACCUGAAAAAACAACCAUUGCAAGAUGUAGCUACCAGAGUGGAAGAUAUCUGGCAAGAGUUCCUCGCUCCUGGGGCCCAGAGUGCCAUCAACCUGGACUCUCACAGCUAUGAGAUAACAAGCCAAAAUGUCAAAGACCCAGGGAGGUACACAUAUGAAGAUGCACAGGAGCACAUUUACAAGCUGAUGAAGAGCGACAGCUAUGCACGUUUCCUCCGUUCUAACGCUUACCAAGACUUGUUGCUGGCAAAGAAGAAGCCCGAGAAUGAGCAAGGUCGUAGAACUUCUCUAGAAAAGUUCACUCGCAGCGUGGUAAGUUCAUUUUGCUUUUGCUUUUCUUUCUUUUCCCCACCUUCUCUUCAGCAUUUUCUUUUAUUUCAGAAAUUAUUUUAUUAAAUUUUAUAACAACUCCUGUGUAGUUUACUCCUGUACAAUAAAAAGGUAGAAUUUCAUGGUAUGCAAAUUUCGGCCAGUGAAGGUACCCCAGUCUAACAAUAAGCAGAAGAGAUGUUUAAUGAACUUGUUUCAAACCAGUUGCCCAAUAAUGGACAACUUACAAUUUUCAUUCAUAAAAGCGCAUGCAGAUUCUGAACUCAAGCCCCAAAAUCCGUUACAGUUCUGUUGAUCUAACAUGGGCCUCUAAAAUAUCUUGGAACGGUCAGCUAUGAUUGAAUAAUGUCAGCUAUCCUAUGCAAAGAUGCGUGAGACUAGUUCCAUGAGCCUGAUAGUAUUUCAUUAAAAAGUACUUUUUCCUCAUGCAGCAGCACAUGGCAAAUUGCUUUUGAAACGGAAGAGAGCUUCAAAAGUAAUUUGUGAUGUGCCUUUAGUGGUUGGCAAUUCAAAGAAAAAGAAGAGGACAAAAUAAACCCAGUCUAGCAAAAGUGUGAGCUUAAGCUGCUCUUUGAACCUGGCUGUAGAAUAGAAUGUAUAACAUUUCCUCAACCAUUCAUGAGAACCAUAAGAAGAGCCCUGCAGGAUCCAACCAAAGGCCUGUCUUGUCCGACAUUCUGUGACCAACCACAAGCUUCUGAGCAUGAUAGCCUUCUCCUGCUGUCAUUCCCCAGAAACAGAUACUCAUGUUUGCCUCUGAUCCUGGAUGUAGCAUACAGCCAUCAUGACUAGUAGCCAACGACAAACUUAUCCUCCAUGUAAUCCCCUUCCAAAGGCAUCUAAGCUAGUCUUCUCUUUUCAGUCACCUAAGUGGAAGACACUAGCAGAGGUGGAUCUUGAGGUCACGUCUGAAGCUUCUUUCAUUCAUACCAGCAACCACUAAUUUUCUUUUAACUUUUCUGACCACAUGGGCUUCAUACUCAGGUAUGAAUGCAUGAGUGGGGAAAAAAGCAAAGUGGGAACCUGUGCCAAUUUCCUAUUGCUGUUACACAAUUUCACUGCCUGGAUAUUAUUCUAUGGAGAAGUCCUUGCCACAUUAUGAAUCACAGAGGACUUAACAGCAACCCCACAUCUGUUUUCUAUUUAGGCUACACAUACUGUUUCCCAUUUCCCCAAACAGUAGAAAGUUCCAGGGACAGCUGCUGUAGUAUCGUAUUCUUUAAAAGGGAGAGAAUGCUGGAGGUGAUUGUCAAUUUCUGAACUAUGUGUUUAUUUACAAAUACAUCAUCUGACUGUGGAGGAAGUAGACAAACACCCAGACAGCUAGAGCAAGCCUUUAAACCAGCUUCCGUUUCCCAAAAGCAAAUAGCAGGCCUUGAAAACCCACCAGCCAGUUGCAGAGAUACUCAGAGGAAUUUUAUCUCCACUAUCUGCAUCCUAGCUGCCUCACUUCCCGGUCCCCUUGCAAGCAAGUGACAUGUGUCCUUGCUAGUAAUCAACCACCCAAAGCCAUUGAAGAAACAUCUUGUAAGGUCAUUACUCUCCAUACAGGAAAAAUAUUUAGCUGUGAGCUAAAUAGGGGGAAAUAAUUUUCUGAUUUGAUAGCCAUUACAGUUACAGCUGUGUUCUUUCAUUGCCAGAUUUCUCUUGAAAUUAGCAAAGAUGAUGCAGCUGAACGAUAACUAAAAACAUUUGUACUCCUUUGGUUCUCUUUGGUGCCCUAGUGGGCUUCUGCCUUCUUCUCACUUGCCUUCACGAUCCUCUCCCUCAUUUGCCCACAUGGCUGCUCAGCCUGUUGGCUGUGGAGAUGUACAGUAUGUGGCCUUGUUUGCACCUACCCAGGAUGUCCUUAGGCAGCAGCACAAAAUCAUUGCUGACCUCAAGGGGGUCCCCAAGGCCAAUCAGAUUAAAUGGCAGCUUGGGGCAAAUGAAGCUGACGGCAGUGAAGACAACGAAGAAAUAGUCCUGAGAAGAACACACCAAAAUAUGGAAAACACUUUUCAAUACACUUUUGGAAGCAUGAAUAAGGCAAGCAGUUCCAGCUUAGCCCUCAUUGCUUUCUAAUUGCAUAUGCCACCAUGUGAAUCAGGGAGGAGGAAGCUGUGGCCCCCCCAGAUGUUGCUGGUCUACAUCUUCCCUAACCAUCAGCCAUGCUGGCUGUCUUAACAAGGUUUCCAUCCCAGAUGUAGAAUAAUGGAUAUGGCUCCCUACUUGCUUUUGCUUCUCCUUUAAUUGUUUAGAUUCCCUCCCUUUGUACUUCUACUGAGGACAGAACUGCACGAUAUAUGUUCUUCCUUUAAAAAAAAAAAGUUGCUCUCCCUCACAUCCCACCACCUUUUGUGUCAUGCAGCCACUGAGGUUGCUAUUUGAAGGGAAAGGUUGGUAUGGGAAGAAUGUGACUUCUGCUUUCCUGCUGAAAAAAUCACACAUACCCUGAAGUUGCUCCUACCCUUGACGGAGAAAAUAUAUGUCUGUCUUCCCCUUCAAAUCUCAGCUUCAGUGGAUAACAGCGUGCAAAAGAAACGAGUAGAAAUGGCCACAACGAACCUGUUCCAUGAGAUUUGAGCUUGGCUGUCUUUCUCUUAAUAGAAGUCCUCUGAACUGUUCUUUAGUGUGGAACAUCCGUGGUUCAGGCAGGUGACCCUUUGGAUUCUUGCCUUUUCUUUCUUCAGCUAGCUUUUAAUGCAUCUUCGAUUUCCACCACAGCAAAGAAGCAGAUUCAGAAAUGGGUUCCAGAAACCAAACUGCUUUUCAUGCACGCACAGAAAAAAAGAGUAUUUUUUUCUAAGCUCGGUUGGUACCGUAGUGACUAUGACAUUAAAAACAUAGAUGCUGAAUCAGAACAAAGACCUAUCUAGUCCAGAAUCCCAUUGCCCACAGUGGCCAACGAAAGCCUACAGGAAGCCCUUGAACAGGACGUGAAGUUUAUCCUAUUGUCUAUCCUGAAUCUUCUAGCGUUCAGGUUAAUUGGAUGACCUCAUGUUGUAGUAUUACCGGGGGGGGGGCUCCCUAUCCAUGUUCUCUGUACCAUGCAUAAUUUUCUGCACCACUCUCAUCUCCCCUCCUUACCUUUUUUUCCUCCAAGGCUAAGAUGAACCAUCUCUUUCCUCUUUCCUCCUUGAUAAUUGCCCUUUGAUUGACCUGUGAUGGCAGUGUAAGCAUAAAGGGGUACCUUUAUGCUUCUGUAUCCAGCCUUGCAAACCCAUCCCACUUCACUGGCUGGGGGGCAAUGGCAACACUGGGGAAAUCCCACUGGAGGCUUCUCUGAGAAGCUGUUUUGGCAUCCCAUGUGCUGAGGACCCCAGGAAAUGGUGUCCGAGUCCUUAGUUCAGAUGUCAGUCACUCUGUACUGGGAUACUGCCCAGAGUCUUGUCUCUCCUACACAGAAUAUGUGAGGUUUGUUACUUUCUCUCUCUGAUCCUGCAUGUUGAAGGGACAAAUGCCUCCUACAGCCAAAACACAUUUUGCAAGGAUUAGCUUUUCUUUUCUUUUCUAAUGAACCACUGCCAGCGCCUCACCAUGGCUGAAGGGCAUUUAAAACUAAAUAGCUCUAUCUUGUUUAAGAACCAUUGCUGGCUCCUAAGAAAGGCUUUGAAUGUUUGCUCACUAGCAAAGCUUCCCAAACGGCAUGAAACAGACUCAUGUACACUCGACUGCUUUGAAUGCAAAGAGGAAUGUACUAAAUGGUGUCUUUCAGUUUUUCUGUUAUUUUAUAUAUGCAGGGUAAUGGAUUUUCAAAUCAGUAGUGGGUGCAUAUAAUCAGGACUGGAGGAAAGUGCUGAAGGCUCUUUAGUAUUAAUAUUCUCUUUACUGACCCUAGUGAGUUUGAGCAAUCACACCUGACAUGCAGUUAACACACAGCAGUUCAUUUAAUUGGGGUGGUGGAGCAGGAGCUGGGGAAACAAGGAAAACUGCAGCUUCCUUGGGGUGUCACAAAAGAUCUGGGCCCAAAGUACAACAGCGCAGGCUUCUACAUUUACCGGCCAACAGGAGGCCUGCACAGUUUCAACACUGUGUUUGGCCUUCUUCUCAGGGUCUUUCCCACAGAACUACCUUGCCUAGCAAUAAUCCCCGGGUUUACCUUUGUUUCCAAAUCACUAGACUGACUCUUCUUCGUCUCCAAGUCCCCACUGGGGCUUCCCCAGGCCCCACAGAGUUGCUCUCAGGCUGCAGUCCUUUUUCUGUCUUUCUCUGCUUUCCCACCUUCUAGGUCAUGGCAGGAGGUGCUGGGAAAUGUAUCCCCAAACUUGCGAGGGCAAUGGGGGAGGGCUGACAUUGCACAUGUGAUGUCAUGCGCAUGACUUCAGGACUUUGGGAGGAGCCAGGGGCGGAGCCAAAUGCAGUGGCCACAUGACUCAAUGGCUGGCGGCUCCUCCUCUGACUCCUCUUGGCACCAUCAGCAGCUUCAACCCUCCUUCCCCUCUGCGGCAGGAGAAGCAGAAAGAAGAAGCCGGCUGCUCCAGGCAUGCCACAUUUGGUGAUUGGCGGGCCCUGGCUCCACUCCCCAAAAUAUAGGGGGAGGCCAGAAGGGCCCAGUCCCUAGGAGCCAGUGCCCCUGCUCCACAGUCCUACAAUUCAGGAGGAAAACUGCAUUCAAAACUGUUAUAUUAGGAAAAAUACACACUAAAACAAUGGCAGAAGCAUUUGCAAAGUGAUGCAGAAAGGUGGUGAGCUGAAGAUUGGGGAAAUGAGAAACUGAGGGGAAACCCAAACUGAUAGGUUCAUCCAUCCCUUACUGCAACAGACUUAAUGUUUCACUGAGGUUUUGCAUGCAAAAGUUAGGAGUUGAGGUGUACUUGGAUGUUGCGACAGCGCUGCUGUGUGUGUCUCUCUGUGCCCUGAUCUUCGUAACCCCUCUAGAUAAGCACAAUGUGUGGUUUUCAUCAGGACACUACAAGAAAGGGGGGAAGACGUGAAGCUGGCACAGUUUUAGUCUCUUGUAGCAGAGGCAUCAAAACAGUGUUUACGUGGCUCAAGUAAGUUGGAUGUUCUCCAUCAUGCCUGCAAGUACACCUGUAAUACUAAUAUGAAGAGCUGCCCUUAAGGGAGGACACACAAAGAGGCUGUUUUUCAAUGGCAGAGGGGACAGGUGUGUCUGCAUGCUUGGUAGGCAGCACUCCAGGUAGCAGGGGUGGCUAAUCUGUGGCACCUCAGAUGUUGGAGUUAUGCUCCUAUCAUCUCUUGACAGCCAUUGGUCUUGCUGGCUGGGGGACAGUUUUCAUUCAAAAUGUGGAGGGCCGCAGGUUAGCUAUUCCUGACAUACAGUCAUUGCAUUUGUCAUAGUGACUGUGCAUGUACACCAUCAGAAAAUUUACCUUCUUAUAGCAAGAGCAGUUAGAUGCAGCUGGAAAUGAAAGUAUCGGGCAGUCAGAUAGUUACUGUGCAAUCUCCGGGCACCAGUAGAGUAAGUGUGACAUACUUGUACUUAGUGAGUUGACAUUUGUACAUCCAGAUUGUGAUUCUUCAUCUAAGUAAACGUGUAAUUUGCCUGGAAAUAGUAUUCAAGAAUAUGCUUUUGACUUUUUAAGAAAGAGAAUCUAUAUAAGGCUUCAUUUUUAUGUUGUUACCCAUUAUUUGUUAUAUGCAUGCUAAAUCGAUUCUUCUUUUGAUCUCUUUUCAUGUGAAUUUAUCUGUGUAGAUUUUAUGUUCUCUUGACAUUACUUUUCUUUACUGUUGCUUUUUUAAAAAAAACUUACUUGAGCAUUUAACUUUGUUUCUUUUCCUAAUUUAUGUUACCCUUCUUAUGUUUAUGGUGUGUAUCAUUUCUCCCCCAGCAAAUGCUAAUAAAGGCUGUUUAUAAAAGGA